AUGACCGAUAGGAAUUUUUCACCACAGCAGGGACAAGUUCCUCAAGGUUCGCUACCCGAGGGACCACCCCACUCCAAUACGAUGAUUCAAAGAGGGGACAUGAAUAUGCCAAGACAACACCCACAACAACAUCAACUGCAAGAAAAAGAAGAUGAGGAGAGGGAACAUACGAGGAUGCCUGUUUCUGAGGAAGAGUUUCGAAUGGUACAGGAGCUGCAGGCCAUCCAGGCGGGCCAUGACCAAACAAAUCUACCGCCAAGUAGUCGAGAAUCGCUUGAAGGCGAAGAUAAUGGCAAUAGCGACGGCGCAGACGGAGAAGUAGACGAGGAUGAUGAAGAGUAUGAUGUGUUUAGGAACGUUGGUCAGGGGUUGGUGGGCCACUACAAAGAGAUAAUGAUACGUUAUUGGCAAGAAUUAAUCAACGAGAUUGAGUCCACGAAUGAACCUGGCUCCGAACAUCAGGAUGACUUUAAAUCACACUCGCUGCCAUUUGCGAGGAUUCGCAAGGUCAUGAAGACUGACGAAGAUGUCAAGAUGAUUAGUGCGGAAGCCCCCAUCAUCUUUGCCAAAGCCUGUGAGAUCUUUAUCACAGAAUUGACCAUGAGGGCUUGGUGUGUGGCAGAAAGAAAUAAAAGGCGCACUUUGCAGAAGGCAGAUAUUGCAGAGGCCCUGCAAAAGAGUGACAUGUUUGACUUUCUCAUCGACGUUGUGCCUAGGAGACCACUUCCAUAA